CCUAAUUUUCAGCUUCUCCCUCUCACGCAGAAACCCAUCAGUAGCGCACCUCCAAUUCGUUCUUUCCCACAGAGCUAGCUAGGGUUUGUUUUAUUCUCUCUCUACAAUGACCCUUAAUCUUCUCUACGAAUCGUCCUCAGGCUACGCCUUGUUCGAAGCGCAUGGACUUGACGAGAUCGGACAGAACACCGAAGCUGUCCGGAGCUCUGUUUCGGACCUCAACCGGUUCGGUCGGGUCGUCAAGCUCACAGCGUUUCACCCCUUCGAGUCCGCUCUCGAUGCUCUUAACCAAAUCAACGCAGUCUCCGAAGGUCUCAUGACCGAUGAACUGAGGAGUUUUGUGGAGCUGAAUCUUCCAAAAGUCAAGGAAGGCAAAAAACCCAAGUUCAGUUUAGGAGUGGCAGAACCAAAACUCGGGUCACACAUAUGUGAAGCUACUAAGAUUCCUUGCCAGAGCAAUGAGUUUGUGCUCGAGCUUCUUCGUGGUGUGCGUCAACAUUUUGAUAGGUUCAUCAAGGACUUGAAGCCUGGUGAUCUGGAAAAAGCUCAACUUGGAUUGGCUCACAGCUACAGCCGAGCGAAGGUCAAGUUCAAUGUUAACCGAGUAGACAACAUGGUUAUCCAAGCAAUUUUCCUGCUUGAUACGCUUGAUAAAGAUAUUAAUUCCUUUGCUAUGAGAGUCAGAGAAUGGUAUUCUUGGCACUUUCCGGAACUAGUGAAGAUAGUCAAUGACAACUACCUUUAUGCCCGGGUUGCUAAAAUCAUUGAGGACAAGUCGAAGCUCUCUGAAGAGCAUCUCCCAAUGCUGACUGAAGUUCUGGGAGAUGAAGACAAGGCCAAGGAGGUUGUCGAAGCUGGAAAAGCAUCUAUGGGUCAGGAUUUAUCGCCAAUCGACUUGAUCAAUGUUCAGAACUUUGCUCAGAGAGUUAUGGACCUCUCAGAGUAUAGAAAGAAGCUUUAUGAUUAUCUUGUUGCUAAGAUGAAUGACAUCGCUCCUAACUUGGCGGCCUUGAUUGGAGAAAUGGUUGGUGCCCGGUUGAUUUCACAUGCUGGAAGUCUGACCAACCUGGCUAAAUGCCCGUCUUCAACCCUUCAGAUCCUUGGAGCCGAGAAGGCACUUUUCAGGGCGCUGAAAACUCGUGGAAACACGCCCAAGUAUGGUUUGAUUUUCCAUUCUUCAUUUAUUGGCCGAGCAUCUGCAAAGAACAAGGGUCGUAUAGCUCGUUAUCUUGCAAACAAGUGUUCAAUUGCCUCUAGGAUUGAUUGUUUUGCUGAGAGGGGCACUACAGCUUUUGGUGAGAAGCUCCGUGAACAAGUUGAGGAACGGCUUGAUUUCUACGACAAAGGCGUUGCACCUCGUAAGAAUGUUGAUGUAAUGAAGGAAGUCUUGGAAACUCUGCAGGACAAAGGAGAAGACAAAGAGCCCAUGGAGGCCUCAGCGAAGAAAAGCAAGGAGUCAAAAGGUCAGGAAGGGUAUGCCAUGGAUGAGGACAAACCAAAAGCUGACGCAAACAGUGAUGUUAAGUCUGUGAAAAAGAAGGAAAAGAAGAAGCGGAAGACGGAAGAAGAGCAGGAGGAGAAAGCCAACGAGACCAAUGAGAAAUCGAAGAAGAAAACGAAGAGCAAACGUGAGGAGGACAAGAUGGUUGCUGCUAGUGAUGGUGAUGGCAAGAAGAAGAAGAGUAAGAAGAAGAAGAAAUCUAAGAUGGAAGAUGAUGAAUAAAAAAGAGAAGCCAAAAAGAAAAGGAUCAUGUAAUGUAUUCUUUAGCAGCACUCUUCCCGGUAGUUUUUUUCCCUCUUAGUAUUUUUGUUGGCUUUUUGGCUGUAGAAUAGUUUUAUCCUUUAACCGUAGGUCAUGCUUAAAAGACUCUUUCAGAUUGGAUUUCUAAAAGGAUGCAAGUAUUUUGAGUCCAUC